UUAUGUUAAUUUAAUUUUUUGUUAUUAAAACGCUAAUUUAAGCACAACAGUAUGACUGACGAGGAUAACGAAAUAAACAACAUAUGCAGGACAUGUUUAUCUGAAGGGAAUAUAAUGAAAUCUAUAUUCACAAUAGACGAGUCGAUAGGAGAACGUACGCCGUUAUUCGAAAUGUUGAUGUCCUUUACUUCAGUAACUAUAUCUCCAAGUGAUAACCUACCCAGUAAGGUCUGCUCGCAAUGCGCACACUACAUAACAGGAUCAUUCUCUUUCAAGCAACUUUGCGAGCGCUCAGAAAACACGUUAAGAGAGAUAAUUAAUCGUAAUUUAGAUCAAAAUUCAGUUGAUAUAAAGCCGAUUUUAUCUUCGGAUUGUUCUAACGCGAAUUUUAUUGAACAAACUGUACCAUUAAGCCCAAUUUAUAUAGACCCAUCGAGAAAUACCGAACCACUCGAAUCCUAUUGCAAACAAUCUACUAAUGAUAUACCUGAAGAGGAGAGUAAUAUCGAAAUUAAAUUUAAUGAACUGGAAGAAAAUAAUUCGUCCGGUAUGGAACUGUUCAAUAGCGAUAUCGUUUGCAAUGAGAAUUCCUUAUCAACUGAUGAGCUAACACCUUUAAAGAAUGGCGAUUUGGGUACAUUUAGCCAUGAUUACAAGGAAGAUAGCGAGAAAACUUGUGGUUUUAAUAUUUUGAAUGAAUUACAAACGGAUUCAAAAACCGUUCAAAACAAGAUCGAAGACGAAACUGAAGAGCCACUGUAUCCCUGCGAGAAAUGUACAUUGUGCUUUACAACGCAGAACGAUUUAAAAGUGCACGCCCGUACACAUUCCAAAGUCAACGAACACAUAUGCAAAACGUGUAACCAGCGAUUUUCUAGCGCUAGCACGCUUUGCAGGCACAUGAAAACUCACAAUACCGCUAAAAAGCAUUUAUGCAGUGAAUGCGGCAAAGGUUUCAAGAGAUCCGAUGAUCUUACAAGGCACAUGCGCACCCAUACAGGUGAAAAACCGUUCAAAUGCGAAAAGUGCGGCAAGGCCUAUUCCCAAUCAUUCAGGCUUUUAGAACACGCUCGAGCCCACGCUAACGAGAAAACAUUUAUCUGCUCAGUAUGUGGCAAAGCUUUUUCCAGAUACACCAGUUUUUGCGCGCACAGCAAAACCCACAGCGGAAUUAAACGAUACGCGUGCAAUGUAUGCGGAAAAAGAUUGUGCAGCUCAGGAUCUUUAGCAUUGCACAUGAAAACACAUUCUGGCUUGAAGGAUCACUUAUGCUCGUUUUGCGGUAAAGGAUUCACUUCUCCCAGUAACCUUGUUAUACACAAACGAAUGCACACAGGCGAGAAACCGUACGUUUGUCAAACGUGCGGCAAGGGAUUCCCAGACGCAUCGCGCCUUACGGUCCAUUCGAGGACACACACAGGAGUUAAACCGUACGUGUGCUCGACCUGCGGCCGAGGUUGCGUCAGCUCGUCGCAACUGAGAAAGCACGCCAGGAUACACACGGGGGAGAAGCCCUAUCUGUGCGAUUUGUGCCCCAGGACCUUCACCAGACGCGACGAUUUGAAAAUACACGUCAAAACCCACACAGGCGACAGAAGCCACGUUUGUGAAUUUUGCAAGAAGGGUUUCUAUCAAGCGUCGACGUUGAAGGUCCAUAUGAGAAUCCACACGGACGAGAAGCCGUACGUUUGUCAGCUGUGUUCCAAUGCCUUUACACAGUCCCAUCUUCUUGCGGCUCAUGUAAGUCGCGUUCAUAAAUCGAACUAAUAAAUCGGCCUUUUAACGAAAAGGGCCGUGGGGAUGGAACGUUAUUGCAAAAAGCGUUUCUGUGAUGCUAGAUAAUUUUUGUUAUUAUAGUAUAAUUUACUACCAGCUAGAUGCUUAUUUUGAAUUGCAUUUUAGUAUACAUCACUUUAGUAUGUAUAAGAUUUAUUUGUAAGUCCGCAAUAACUAAUAUUAUACACAAGUAUUUCCCUGGGAAGAUGCAAAUAGUAUUAAGGAAGCCGCUAACAGUAAUUUUUAUACUUUGUGGAAAAUAU